AUGGAUUUCGUUGCCUACUCAUCAUGCGUUCUUCUUGAACUUAGAAUUGUUUUUCUUGAUGGUUUCAUCCGUCUUCUUUGGAAAAGUUCUAUCUUUCCCAACUUUAAUUCUUUUUAUCAUCAUUUUUGUAAGCAAUCUACUUUUUCAGCUGAUUAUGUUAAGCCUUAUCCUUCAAAGCUUUUUUCUGAAGGUUAUGAUGGAGUAUUUAAUUUUUUGGAUAAUUCCAUUAUUGGUUAUUCCAAAGAUUAUUUUCUUUUUUUUGAAAAGAAUAUAACUUCUCUUGAAGAUUUUAUCUUCUUUCUUUUUGAGAAUUGUCCUAAUUCUGAUGGGUUCGCUUCAAUCUUUCACUAUUAUUUUUUAACCCAUAAUCAACAUUCUUGGCCAUAUGAUUUUUUUGGCUCUAAUUUUCAUAAUAAUAAGUAUACUCAUUGUUAUACUUCUCUUCAACUUCCAUGUAAGGAUCUUUCAUCAAUUUUUGUUGAUUUAUCUCUUAAAGAUGAUCCUUCUACUAUUAAGGUUCAUUCUUCUAGAAUUUCUCAACCAGUUUUAUCUGGAAUUGAUUGUUAUGAUGCUCUUGAUCUUUUCCAAGAUUCUUCUGCAAAUUCUGAUCAAGGAUAUGAUUCUGGUCCAGAAAUCUAUUCUGACCAAGGGUAUAUUUAUAUUGAUUAUUAUUCUCGUAAUCCUGACGAGAGUAUUGAUAAUGAUGAUUAUAAUAUUUAUUCUGAUUAA